CAUCCUUGCACCGGCAUGCACAGUCUCCCAAGGCUCAUACUGCUGAAGAGUACGCCCCUCUCUCUCUCACACUCUCACAUACACACACACACACACACACACACACUCUCUCAGCCUCUCCCACUCAACCUCUCCCUCACACACAUACACACACGCACGUGCUUAUAGUCACACACGCGCAGUGCUGUCAGAAGCGCCGCUGCUGGAUCAGAGCCAUCUCGCGAAGGAGGUUCCAGCGGAGGGAAGAGAAAGCCAGAGUGAGAGCGAGACAAAGGGAAGGAGGACGGUAGAAGGAGAGGAGCGAAUAGGAGCACAGGGACCGGCACAAGGAAGGAGAGACCCAGCGCUUUGUGAAGAACAGAAAGCGAGGGACAGGAGGAAGGAGGAGGAGAGAGGAAAAAAGAGGAGGGGGAACAGGAAACGCGAUCACUUUCAGCUGCAGCGGUCCGUGUCGCAGCAUGGGCAAUGCACCAUCCCAAGCCAACGCCGGGGCCUGUUUUCCUAAGCAAGAUCCCGAGCGUGGUGGCAGUCACAUGAUCUCCACAGAUGACUUGGAGUAUCCACGAGAGUACCGGACGCUGGGGAACAGCGCACGGCGCUUCUCCAAUGUGGGCCUGGUGCACACAUCGGAGCACCGCCACACCGUCAGUGCGGCCCAGAGCCUGGAGGCCCUGACCAACCUGCACAAGGCUGACAUGGAGCGCAAGAGGGACGCCUUCAUGGAUCACCUGAAGAGCAAGUACCAGCAGCAGCAGCAGUUGCAGCAUCCGCACCACAGCCCGCACCACAACCCACCGUCGCCCUCACCCUCCCACGCCAGCAUGAGGGGUACGUCAGAGCGGUCUGCACGAGAACAGCAACAGCCCAACUACUGGAGCUUUAAGAGCCGCAGUCCACGGCAUUCCCAGUCUACCCAGUCUGGGCUUGCCGACCAGGCCGCCAAGCUCUCCUUUGCCUCAGCUGAAUCCUUGGAGACCAUGUCAGAAGCCGACAUACCCAUCGGGUUCAACCGGAUGAACCGAUUUCGCCAGAGCCUGCCGCUGUCCCGCUCUGCCAGCCAGAAUAAGCUACGAUCUCCAGAUGAAUAUUCAGGGGUGCUGUUCCUGCAGUACGGAGAUGAGACACGUCGGGUUCACAUCACCCACGAGCUAAGCAGCCUGGACACGCUGCACGCUCUCAUCGUGCACAUGUUCCCUCAGAAGCUAACAGCAGGUAUGCUGAAGUCACCCAACACAGCCAUCUUGAUCAAGGACGAGGCGCGCAACGUUUUCUACGAGCUGGAGGAUGUCCGGGAUAUCCAGGACCGCAGCAUCAUCAAGAUUUACCGCAAAGAGCCCAUCUACGCUUCCUACCCUGCUGCUGCACACCUGGCUAACGGAGACCUAAGGAGAGAGAUGGUGUACUCCUCUCGCGACUCCUCCCCAACUCGCCGCCUCAACACGCUCCCUUCCUCUACAGCCUCGGGGUCCUCUGGCUCUCCAUCCCGCUCACGCCUCUCCUACAGCGGCGGCCGUCCUCCCUCCUUCACUGGGUCCCACUCCCAGCAUGAACAGCCACGACAUCCCCACCAUCCCUCAGCUGGCCAUGGUGCCAAUGCAGGCCUGUCUCCCUCGCCCAGUGCCAUCCUGGAGCGCCGCGACGUUAAGCCUGAUGAAGAAGUUUCUGCAAAAAAUAUGGCGCUAAUGAAGAAUGAGUCACUGUAUGCAGAUCCCUACAGCCUGAUGCAUGAGGGCCGCCUCAGUAUCGCCUCCACCCAGUCGUUAGCUGCCAUCGGAGACCCCUUUAGCUUUCCCGUUUCCAGUGGCCUGUACCGCCGUGGCUCUGUGCGCUCCCUCAGCACCUACUCAGCCGCAGCUCUUCAAGGAGACCUGGAGGACUCCCUCUACAAGCCAGGAGGUUCGCUGUACUCUGAUACAUACUCCUCAGCCACACUGGGCAUGGGUUUUCGCAUGCCGCCCUCAUCCCCGCAGAAAAUCCCUGACAUGCAGCUGAGGGACAGGGACUCUUAUUCCAGCUCACCCAGCAGAGCCUCACCUGUCAGGCAGACCUUCCGCAAAGACUCAGCCUCCUCCUCUGUGUUUGUGGAGAGCCCAAAGUCGAGGCCCAGCUCCAGUUCAGAGCCUCUGUGUCUGACAGCCGGGCCUGGGGAGGGCAGCAGGGCCACGCCUGGCUUUGGUUCUUCGUUGUCUGGACAGGACCCUGACAGCAGCAGGGAUCACCGUCUGGAGCGUAUGGAGGCAAUGGAGAAGCAGAUCGCCAGCCUUACCGGCCUGGUCCAGAGUGUGCUGACCAGAGCACCAGACAGUGACAGCACAUGUGGCCUGCUGCGUCUCUGCAUGAUGGCGGGCUGCCCUCCGGACCAAGGGACGGAGUUCUCACGGCCAUUACCUUUCUCUUCCAGCGAGAAGACUGAAACCAACAGCGAUGGCUCCGCCACUGGAACUGGACGGCUGAAGCAGAAAGCUCAUACACCGUCGGCACCUCUAGCUCUGAUGCCGCCACCACCUUCCAACACAACCCAGGUGAACAGCGUGGGCCGCUUGCAGAUGCAGCUCCACCUGCACGGCCUGCAGCAAAACGCCACCGACCUGCGCAAACAGCUCGGCCAGCUACGCAGGAUGCAGAUGGAAAACCAGGAUUCAGUGCGAACUCUGUUGAAGCGGACAGAAGCGGAGCUGAACGUGCGUGUGGCCGAUGCCCUGAGGAAGCAGGAGGAUCCUCUGCAGAGACAGCGCCUUCUGGUGGAGGAGGAGAGACUCAAGUACCUCAACGAGGAGGAGCUCAUCAUCCAGCAGCUCCACGACCUGGAGAAGUCAGUGGAAGAGAUCCAGAAGGAGUCGUCUGUCAACCACAAGCUGGUGACAGUGCAGGAGCUGGAGGAGAAGGCCACUGUUCUGAGAAAGCUGGGAGAAACACUCACAGAACUGAAAAAUCAGUUUCCAGGCCUGCAGAGUAAGAUGCGGGUGGUGCUCAGGGUGGAGGUGGAGGCCGUCAAAUUCCUGAAAGAAGAGCCACACAGGCUUGAUGCCCUGUUAAAACGCUGCAAGACUAUAACUGACACCCUCGCCACCAUGCGCAAACAAGCGAAUGAGGGGGUGUGGAAGAAGCAGGAGGAUUUCUCUAGUCCUUCAUCAAAGCACAACGAUGAUUUGCGAAAGUUUUCAGACUUUGACAUCCCAACCAGCCCGCCACUCACCAUCAAUGACCUUGGGGUAGGCAACAGCCUGUCCAACUGGAGUCCCCAUUCCAGCCUCAGCCGUGGCCACGGGAACAUGUCCAGCCCCCACAAGGACAAUCAUCCUCCUGUUCCCCACAAGGGCAAAGCCCUGGAGGAGCUGGAACGCCGUGCUUUAGCUGACAAAGCUUUGUCUGUGGAGGUCCGACUGGCAGCAGAGCGGGACUGGGAAGAAAAGCGGGCCAGUCUGACCCAGUACAGUGCCCAAGACAUCAACCGGUUACUGGAGGAGACCCAGGCUGAACUAAUGAAAGCUAUUCCAGACUUGGACUUUGCUGCCAAGCAGAUCAAGCCCUCCUCCAACACACCAUCCUCCCAGAACCCACAGAGUGGAGCAGGAACCCCAGAGCACCGCAUCAGCAAGCCACAGCACAAGCUCUCUGGGAAAGAGGGAGGGUCCAGGCGUGGCUCUGAUGAGCUGACAGUACCACGGUAUCGCACAGAGAAACCCUCCAAGUCUCCUCCUCCUCCACCACCAAGACGCAGUUUCCCAUCUUCUCCAGGCAUAACAAGCCGCAGCGGAGAGCCCCUCAUUCCUGGAAAAAGUAUAAAGAAGUCCGAAUCUGAAGAGACUGAAGGCCAGAAGCCUCAUGUAAAACUGAGGAGGGCCGUGUCUGAAAACCCCCGCCCUGCGUCUACACCCCCCACACUUGCCUCCGGGGACAAGGAGGAAGGAGAGGAGGAGAAAAUUGCUGCUGAGUUGGAGGGAAGGUGCUUGUCUCCUGUUCCCCACAUCAUGUUGACAGAGUGUUUGCCAGCUUCACCCACUGCCUCAGAGGAUCCUGUCAGAGAUUCAGUAAAUUACCCUCGAAAAGAGAGUCGUUCACAAGAUUGGACUGGUCAUCACACCGUCUACCAGACUCAAACUUUAAAAGAAAAGGAUUUAUUUGAAAACCCUAUUCAGCAAGAGCAAGAGCAGCGUAGUUUUAAGGAGGACAUGGAGUCAAAACCGGAAGUUGCCCUGCUGUUGACAGAGCUGGAGGUGAGGGUAGUGUCUCCCAUUGAGGUCCAGGAGCUCAGCAGGACUAUAGGAGAAGCUCUGCAGACUCUGACCAUCUCACCACAGACUAAUGAAGUCCCUGAGGUCCAGCUGAGUGGACGGCCUCUACUAGUGCUCCUCAGAGAAUUAAAUACAAUCAGGGAUGCCUACAGGCUGCUGUAUUCCCUUUUGGAGCCAUCCAAGCCGGUGCCCAAACCCAGAAUAAAGUCCUCCUCCCUCCACUUGGGCCAGCAGAGCUGUCUGGUGGAUGCUCUGAGGAGAGGGAUAGAGACAGGGGACAGAGUGUUGACACUUCAACACAACACUGAAAUUAAGAUUCCUGAGGUACAGCAGACAUCAGUAAACAUUACUCAGAAGUCCAGUGGAUUACCUAGCUCUGCGGACAGUCUAUCCAACGAGAUCCAGAGGAAACGCAGAGAAGGUAUCCGGCUCAGCACCUACAGGAGGCUGGACAGCUUGGAGGAGACUAUUCGUGAGCUGGAGAACACCUUGAUAGAGAUCAGUGGCCAUCCAUCACAGCAGCUCUACACUGAGACAGCCACCAAAGGCAAACCUGUGCAGGUGACGGGCAGUCCAACCACAGAGACAAAGAAGCCUCCGGUCCCACCCAAGCCAACCUCUUUCAGCCCAGCAUCGAUCCAGGGAGGGAAUGGUACAAGUGCUGGUAAAGUCCUCCACUCCUCAGCUGCCUCCAAACUGAAGCACCUGCAGCAGAACAGCACAGACAAGACUAAAAGUGGCAGAAGAGAGGACUUCCUGAAGAGCCAGGGCCAGAACCAGGCCUUGGGGACCAACAGCACCAGUGGCAGUAUUGAGCCAUACCUCUCUGGUAUCAAAACGGGAAUUUUCUCAGGCCGAGUGCCCUCUCCUGCAGCAGCAUUUGCCCCUGGCCUAAGGAAGUACCCCCAGGAGGGGGCAAUGCCCUCCCUGACAGCCUCCUCCAGCCAAGCAAAGGCCCUGCUGGCAAGCCUGUCUGCCUCCGGUCUGAGCACUGAGGCCCUGCUCCUCUCCUCCACCCUCCGACAUCGCCGCCUUCUACGUGAGCAGCGAGCCUCCUCCUUGCCUCUGCCCAGCAGCCUGUCCACCCCCUCUACUCCCACUGCUACCUCCCCCUCCUCUUCUGCCUCACCCACCACCCCAACUCCUUCCCUGUCUCCCUCCUCCCCAACCCCUCUGAGCUCCCUUAACCCCCCUUCUGCGGUUCUCAAGCCCAGCGGUUGUAGCUCCAGCCUCAACAGCUGCAAGGAGGAUGGCAAUGAGCAUGUGAAUAAGGACCUCGCCCCUGGCAGCACUCAGUGAUGAUGAGGAGGAGGACACGGGAGUAUUCAAGCACCAUCACAUUAUGAACCAUGAAGAGAAAACAACUGCAUUAUGGAUUUUUUUUAGUGUCAUAUUUUAUUUCAGGACUUUUUUGCUUUUUCUUCCUCUUCUUUUUCCUCUCUAAUUUUGGCAUCACUCCAGCAUGCAGAGUCUUCAAAUUUCCAUGGCAAGAACUAUCGUACUGUAAAAGCAGUCACAAUCUUCUUCUUGGACAAGUUUCCUACUCUGAUCUGGUUCCAUAGUUCCUCUGCAGUUCUCCCACGCAGUCAUACUGCCAGUCUGCCAGAAAGAGAGCGCACAAACGGGCCUCCCCUCCUACCAGCUGCCUGCUGUAAGCUGAUGUGGUCUGGAUGGAUUUACUGACAGUAGCAGUCUCAUAUAAACCCUCACUCACUGGGGUUGUUAGUGGAAUUGACAACAUUUCUAGACUGUGACUUUUAUCAUAGAAAAUAGAACUGCAAUAAUCACCAAGUGAGUCCAGUAGUUUUGUGUGUUCAGGAUAAUAUUGCUCUCACAUCACCUGGCAGAAUGUGCUCAGAAAAAAAUCAAAAGUAGAUCAAGGUGAUGAUUGUGGUUUCAAGCUGUUUUGUGUUAAAAGGGCAUUUGUGGCUUUUCUUGCAUCACCUGUGUUUUAAACUCUGAACUGGUGCUAUAUUUUCCCCUCCGUUUGUACACACUGUGUAAAGAGUUUACAUGAUUGUCCUCAUGCCCUGAUCUCUGACCUGAUGUGAUCUGAUCUGCUUUGUUGCAAGCAUACAUUCCACUGUCUGACUUUGAUUUCAUGUCACACUGAAUACUAAUAUGCAUCCCUGCAGAAAGAAAUCCUUGCAUCGAAAAUUAGAAACAAUUAUGGGAAAAUCUUUGAUUUGAAAAAGACAGUGUAUUCACAAAAGCACAUUGUAGGGAGAAGUCCUAACAGCACAUUUAAAAUAGAACCAGGAGGUACAGUUACACAAACAGGAGAAAGGAAUGCAACUAGUGAAUUGUACAGACAUGUUGAAUUUCUGUAUAUGUGUAUUAACUAGUUAAUUAUGACAAUCAGGAUGUUUCUGCAGUAGCAUCUUACAGGUUGCUCCGGCAUUUUGGCACCUGACAUCACAAACCUUCCCAAAGACUCAAGCGCACACACAGUAAUGAUUAACACACACAUUUUGUCACACAGUCUGCACUUGUAAAGCCAAGCUGUUCGCAGAAGCACAGACUCUACUAGUUGUUUGUUUCAGCAAAUCUUGUGUGAUGAUUAAGGUUUUAAGUCACAUCUGUUGCACCAUUGAUAUCGAGCACUUUGGUAAAAUAUGCCACAUCGACCAGAACACAAUUUCACCUUUUAAGGAAUCUGAUCUACAGAGUGACGGAUGAAGUGGCUUCUUUUGGAGACACUUGUUUCUUUUGAACUUCAAAGUUACUCUGAUGGGAAGCAGCUUCCAAAGUUUUCAGCUAAAUUUGCAAGUCUUAUUGUAAAAUGGAAUGCCUUCUUAGAACAGAAUGUAUCUUUCACUGCGGUGAAGUGAUCGCACUUCAACAUCUAUGACACUGUUUCAACUCUUGAGUAGUGUUUGAAAGAUAAAGAGAGUUAAUCAGCACAUAUUUAGAGACUUCAAAUACAGCUUGACCCUUCAAGGGCCUGAGAUAAGAAUAUAAAAAUAAAAAGCAAGCACAGUUUCCUCUCAAACGCCUGACACUUUCCUCGAAUUUUGACCUUGUGAAUCCGGUUAAUUAUAACAAGCACAAAGCUAUAAAUGUUCCUUAAAGGAAGGGAAAAAAACAUCCCUGCAUAUUUAAAAUACCAUACAUUAGAUUACCAAUAUUACCGUUGCUUCAUUUGGUUUUAUUACCUGCAUGUUGAAACAUUUAUGAAUGUUAGGCCUUUGGUGUGCAUCAGUGACAGUAGUUUAUCACUAUUUAAAGCACAUCAAAGGCCUGUCAGUGAUUCCCUAAGUGUAAACCCUGCACAAGGAACCAUUCUAAAGCUCCCUGUCCUAUAUUAUUGCCUUAAGGCUGCCCACUGGGGAGGUGAUGAGGUUGAACGGACAGUCAUAGAAAAAGUGAUUUUUUAUUUUUUAUUUCAGUGGUUCACAAGAAUGACCGUGUGAAAUCGAUUCUUUGUGGCAUUGAGAUUAAAACGUGCAAAAGGGGAUCAUGUCAAAGAGUAGGCAGCUUGAGGAGAGGGGAUUAGUUUGGGGACAUGUGUUUGAAGGCUUCUUUAAUAAGGCCAGCUUUGACUUGCCUUGUCUCAAUCGAGAGCGCUUGUGAUAUAAAAGACCCAAAGAGAUGAGAGGAAGGGUCUGACAGUCAGAGCGCCAUUAAGCGGCUGUUCUUUCCCUGCCCCUCUCACUUUGCUUUGUCUUUGGUGCGGGGCGUCUGUGAAAUAAAAACCACUCAGUUUGAGGUAAUCCUAGGACAAAGUUUGAUAGGCAAGUUAACAGUGUGUGCAAUAUGUAUUAGCACUCUUACAAUUUUGCCAAGGCAGUGCUCUUUGCCUUUGUGAAACUCCUGCCUGUUUGUCUGCAAGGAUCUGUUACCAUGUUUUUCCCAGUGCCUCUAAGACUUUGUUCUUACCAGAAAUCCCCAGUUGAUCUUGUAUUACAGUAUUAGAUCAGCAGCAAUGACAGAAUACCACUUUUACCCAAAGAAGAGGCUGCAAGAAUUGGCUUGUUCCCAUUUUUAUUUUAUUUAUUUAUUUUUUCAAAAAAAGAAAGAAAGAAAAAGAGAAAACAGCACUUGAAAUGCAGAGUGUGUCAGGUUGCAGCGGUGGCAUUUGACUAAACACUCCCCGAGUUCUAACAAUGUGAAACUGCAAGCUCACAGCACAGCGAAUUAUGCCUCACCCUGGGUGCUCUGUGGCUUCGCCAGGCAGGUUCAAGCCCUGGGUUUCAUAUUGAGUGAAGUCAAAUGAAAGAAAUUCACUUACUCAUGCUGUUCCACACUCAAAUCCAUAACUCUCCAAGUUAAAUUUGCUGCAUUUGCGUCUGGUGAGCGUUGGGGAGGAAGUAUUCACGCUUGGCUGCUUUCCCCAAGUAAAGUUGGAGAUGAAACCUCCCAGAAUUGCGUGACAGUGCUCUCUGGAAUGAUUUUUUUUUUUUUUUUUUUUUUCCCUCAAACCAAGUGUUAGUGGGCUGUGAUUUCAACAUGGCCGGAGGCUUAGAGGGCAUGUUGCAGACACUUAGAGUGGAUGCCACUGGCAAUCAGAAAAACUCAUGCAAACUUGAAAUCAAACAUAGGAGAAAUAUACAUAUAUAAAUAUAUCUAAGUGAGAUGUUUGUGUAUGAUAUUAUAAUUGUGAAGAAAAGUGUGAUAUAUAUAUAGGCCUAGAGUAAAUUAUAUAUUGUAAAAUGUCAUCAUCUCUUCAGUUUUAUAUAUUAGUGACCAUUUUGUACAGAUUUUUCUUUUUUAAUUCAUUGAGAGAGAUAUUACAUUUCACACUGAGAUUAUUUAUUCAUACGCAGAACAUUUUUAUAUUUGUUUAAAAAUAUCUGUAUAGAUAACAGUUAGCCUCUGUAAUAUAUGCUGAAGUUCAUUUUUAAAUUCUAGGGUUUUCUUCACUGAGUUAGAUUUUAUGUAAUUUUGAUUUUUUUUAAAAGCUUGUCCCUGAAAAUGCUCGUCCAGCUCGUCUGCACCGUUGCCUCCUUAUGUGAAGGGUCACUAUUGAGGUGCCAGAGGCUGGACCAGUGCCUGUGCUUAGGGGCUUAUUUUGCUACUAUCUUUUUGUUUUAGGGGGUUGUUUUCUGGACCUUUGGUCUGUUAUUUUUGGUUUCCCCCCAUCCUGUAUUUGUGAUUCAGCUUGUAUUAGUGAGUUGGUCAGAAACACGGAUAUUGUGGUAACUACUGUGAAAGGUCAGUUAAUGGGCCCAAAGGCUUCAUAUGGAGCCUUGCUGCUUUGACAGAAGUAAGUUACAUGGCUUUAAUUUCCCUCUGUGUCAUGUUUGCAUGUGAACAGGAGUGGUAGCAAUGUGAACGUGGAUGCUCAGUGCAUAAGCAUUAAGAGACAACAGGCUCUAAAUCAUUACAACAGGUGGAAGUACAUUUUGUUGUGCACUCAGUCGCAGUUGUUGCACUGAGUGGCUUUAAGUAGCAGUUAAGCUAAACCACAGAAGUCGUUAAAACCACCAAGAUGGAUCAAUAAGGGAAUUAAUUGUGUGAAUUAAAAGUUUCUCUUUUCCUUUUGCCAUUGUAUCUUUUUUUAUAACGAACCUACAUUCUAUAGUAUGUAUAUGAGGUUUUUACAUGAAUGUGUGGAUGUUCAAAAAUCUUGGCAUCAAAAGUAGAAGAACAAAAAUUGACUUGUAAAUAGGCCAAGUCAUUCCUAGCGAGUUCAACAAAUUGUUAUGUCCAAAAGAAGAUGUUUUAUUAAUAAACUAUGACGAUGGGUACAAAGGUAUAUACAAAACAAUGCAUGUAUAGUCUCAAGCAAUCGCACGGUGCAGUCGAAAAAAAUGUUGUCUACAUGUUUUCUCAAAAAAAUGAGAAAGAGCGAAAGGGAAAAGCGGUGCUGUGUUAGAGGUUUACAAACAUGAAGAAUGAGAUGUUAUUUUGGUAUCUGUGACACAGGCAUGUUCAGUCUUACUGUGAUGUUAUGUGACUAUGAAGAUGACGAUUGUGGCAGAGAGUGUUAGAUGUCUAGAGGGAUUCAGAAUGCUGGGACGCACCCCAACCAGAGAAGUCACCGGUGAUGGUGUACUCUUUCCACAGAGUGAUUCUCCCAUUUGUAGAGUAGUGUGAUAUAAGAACAAAAAUAAUACAGAAAAUAGAUCUAUAAUAUAAUGAUAUAUAAAUUUAAAAGCCUACUGAUACUGGAGAUACUAAUUUAUCAGUGUGGAUGCCAUGAUAUUCUGUGAGAAAUGUGUGUGUUUUUCCUGUGAGAAGACAGUUGGCAGUUGAACCUGCCUUCUUUUGUACAUAAUUUGCUGUGAUUGUGUGUCCAAUAAAGUGCAGCUCUCUUGUA